AUGGUUUGAUUGUGAGAUUGAAAAAUGGACGAUUUGAAAAGGAAAAACGGACGCGCGGUGGACACCGUUCGUUCGUUAAGAAAACCCUGGGAGAGGUAAAAGGACUGCUUUCCAAUCCUGAAUUGGAAAGAGAGACGUUAUAUAAUCGAAAGGCCUCCUUGGAAGAGCGACUUGGAGUAAUCCAAACGCUGGAUAACGACAUCUUAAAGGUUUUAGAAGACAAAGACGAGACCGAGGAAGCAGUUAUUGCAAACGAGAUCGAAGAGGCAGGAGUAUUGAGGGCGGAUAUAAAAGGUGCCAUACGAUUGUUGGAAGAAGCCCUGCCGCAAAAGAAUAGCGAAAGCGAAGCGAACAGUGAGGGAGCGAGCUUAAAUGAAAGUACUGUAUCCAGCAAGAAAUCCGUUCGCGUGAGGUUACCGAAACUCGAAUUGCGAAAGUUUGACGGGAAAAUCGAGCGAUGGCAAGAAUUUUGGGAUUCGUUUAAAAGCUCGGUGGAUGAAAACCCUGAUUUAUCAGAGGUGGACAAGUUCUCGUAUUUACGUGGACUAUUAAAGGAUCAGGCGAGAGAUUGUAUUUCUGGGUAUGCUUUAACGUCAGCAAAUUACAAGAGUGCAAAGGAACAACUACAGCAAAGAUACGGGCGAAGUAACGUCAUACAAAAGACGCAUAUAAGGGAAUUACUGAAGCUUCAACCAGUCUACAGCGACCGAGACCCUUCGAGAUUGCGAGCAUUGUACGACGCGACAGAAACGCACCACCGUGGACUGAAAGCUCUUAACGUAGAACAGGAAAGUUACUCUUCAAUUGUGGUGCCAGCUAUAAUAGACAAACUACCAGAAACUGUACGACUAAGCAUUACGCGAGGAAAGAAACACGACGAAUGGAAUAUGGACGAUUUGUUGAGUGAACUGUUGAGUGAACUAGAAUUGCGGGAAGAACACUGGACACCUAAACCACCACGAGCUGAAAACGGCAAUGCCAAGGGUGAUCUUCGAAGUGCGUCAGCCUUGAUAGCCAAAUCAGAAGAAGAAAGAUGCGCUUAUUGCUUGGGACGACACGCUCAUGAGAGCUGUGAUAAAGUAAGUAGUGUAAAGGAUAGAAAAUUAGUAGCACGUAGAUAUGGACGAUGCUUUGCAUGUUUAAGUAAAGGACAUGUAUCCAAGGACUGCCGUCGAAAAACUAAUUGUAAAAUAUGUAGUAAGGGGGGCCACCAUGUAUCUCUUUGUGAAUCCAAAGGGGAGGGAAAUGUUUCGGCCAGUAAUGGAAGUCCAACAAUGCAUGUUCGAUCCGAGAGUCGAGUGGUGUUGCAAACUGCGCAAGGUAUACUGAAAGGUGCUCAAAAUGCAGCACGAAUUCGCGUGAUGUUUGAUACGGGGAGUCAUAAGUCUUUCGUGACUUCCAAGGUCGUAAGGGCUGCGGGGUUGCCAGUAAAAAGGAAAGAAUGGUUAGAAAUUAGCACGUUUGGUAAAGCGAUGAAUGAUUAUAAGCUGCGAGAUGUUUUUGACCUUGAGAUUGCACCUUGCAAGGGGGGAGAAGCGGUUACUAUAGAAGCGUAUUGUGUUGAAACUAUUGCUCAAGUUCGAAAUGAGCAUAUUGAGUUGCGAAAGGGGGAAUAUCCUCACUUACGGGGACUUUGGUUCUCGGAUGUGUGUAAGAGCAGUGAAGUAUUUGAUAUAGAUAUUCUGGUUGGUUCGGAUUUUCUUUGGUGCUUUCAGAGCGGUACUAUAGUGCGUGGAAGAGCUCAUGAGCCAGUGGCGGUUGAGACAACUUUAGGUUGGGUUCUUUCAGGGCAAGUCAAGGGGAAAGGUGAAGAUGGCGCAAAAGCACAGGUAAGUUGUGUUAAUAUUAUUAAAGAAGAGCAUGUUUCUAGUCCAUAUAUGUCUGACAAUGUUCAUAGGUUGUGGGAUCUUGAUACUCUAGGUAUACGCGAAGAGGACGAAGUGCAUGAAGCCUUGAAAGAAGCAAUUAGCUUCAACGGUAAUCGUUAUCAAGUACAUUUGCCGUGGAAGGAAGGGCAUGAACCCUUACCUUUGAAUUACAACAAUAGUUUAAAACGACUUAAAAACCAAAUUUCAAAACUGAAGCGAGAUCCGGAUAUUUUGGAGGAAUAUAACCAAGUUAUUAGUAGCCAGCUAGAAGCAGGAAUAAUUGAACCAGUUGUAGAAUUAGAAAGGGCAGAAAAGGUUCAUUAUUUACCUCACCACGCAGUUGUUAGGAAGGAAGCGAAGACCACGAAGGUGAGGGUAGUGUAUGACGCUUCGUGUAAGGAAGGUAAAAAUAGCGUUUCAUUAAAUGAUUGCUUGCAUGUUGGACCGCCAUUAACACCAUUGUUGUUUGAAAUUCUUUUGCGCUUUAGAGAAAAACGCGUAGCGCUCGCAGCCGACAUAGAAAAGGCGUUUCUUAAUGUUGAAAUAGCGAAAACCGACCGAGAUGUUUUGCGAUUUUUAUGGGUAGAUGAUCUAAGCAGCGAUAAGAUUAUGCCUGUUGUGUAUAGAUUUUGCCGUGUUGUUUUUGGCGUAAACUGUUCGCCAUUUCUAUUGAACGCAACAUUGCGCUACCAUCUUGACUCCUAUGCGUUUAAUAAACCAGAAUUUGUGCAAAAGCUAAAGGACAGCUUUUAUGUCGACGAUCUAAUUUCAGGCGAACAGUCGGAUCAAAAAACCGUUGAAUUGUAUAGAGACGCGAAACAAACACUUUUAGCCGGUGGAUUUCGAUUGCGCAAAUGGCUCACAAACAGUGACACAGUAAGAAAGGCUAUACAAGCGCGCGAGAGCGAGGAUAAGGUAGAAACUGGCGAGAAAGUCCGACAAUUAGAAGACGAGAAAUCCUAUGCAAAAUGCGCAUUAGAAGCGUGUGACGAGACUCGUUUGGAGAAGGUAUUAAGACUCCCUUUACUUGGAAUUGUGAAACUGAUACAUUCCAUUUCGAUUUAGCGCGAGUUGCCGACAGAGCAACAGGGUUGAUCCCCACGAAACGUAACAUAUUGAGUAUUUUGGCGGCGCUGUAUGAUCCUUUAGGAAUAGUCAGUCCGAUAUUAGUUACUGUAAAGGUUUUGUUUCAAGAGAUCUGUGUAGCGGGCCUCGAUUGGGAUAUAGAAAUACCUGACGAAAUGAAACGACAUUGGAAUGAGUGGCUAUUAGAUUUGAAGCUAAUUAAGGAAAUCAUUAUUAACAGAUGUUUGUACGGGUUAAUUGGUAACACACAGAAUUGUACAUUGCACGGAUUUUCAGAUGCAAGCAUGAAGGCUUAUAGCGCCGUAAUAUAUUUUGUUUGCGAAUUGAAUGGUUGUAUUCAUCGUUGUUAACAUCCAAAACUAGGAUUGCACCACUUAAGACACAAACAAUACCUAGGCUAGAAUUAAUGUCCGCAUUCAUCUUGGCAAAAUUGAUGUCCACAGUACAAAGGGCAUUGGGGCAUGAAGUUACUGAAUUAAAAACUAGAUUUUGGGUUGAUAGUAAGACUGUGCUUUGUUGGAUGAACAAUAAAGGCGAGUGGAAACAGUUCAUUAGACAUCGAGAAAAUGAGAUUUUGAAAUUAAGUGACAAAGCACAUUGGGGACAUUGCCCUGGGGAACAAAACCCGGCCGACAUAGGAUCAAGAGGCUGUAAUGCUUCUUCUGUCAAGGCCAAUGAAUUGUGGUGGAAGGGACCCGUUUGGCUUUCAGGUCCCCAAAGUAUGUGGCCGGUUCCAUGCGAAAUAGCUGAGACAAUAGAAAUGCACGAAGAACUGAAAAAGUCUACACUUGCGAGUACCGUAACGCAAGACGAAUCAAGUUUAGCCAACGUUUUGGAUAUAAAUCGAAUUGGAUCAUUGCAUAAGUUACUUAGAGUUACCGCGCGAGUACUAAGGUUCAUUCAUAAUGUGCGUGCGCGUAAGCAUAAACAACCUAAAAUUGUAGGUAAUCUGAAGGCGGAGGAGAUAAAGCAGGCAGAAAUUGCUUGGGUAAAGGCAGCACAAGUUAGCUUGAGAAGGCAGACAAAUUAUGAACAGUUAGUUGACCGGCUUCAAAUUGUAGAGGAAGAAGGUUUAUUACGAUGUAAGGGUAGACUAAAUAAUUCAGAUUUGGAUUUAGAAGGUAGGCAACCUAGGAUUUUGCCUAGAGACCACCCGUUGACAGCACUAAUUAUUAAGGCUUGCCAUGAACAAGUUUUACAUAGUGGUUUACGUGCGACACUAGCUCAAGUUAGAAGUAGGUAUUGGAUACCAAAAGGCAGGCAAGCGGUGAAAACAAUUUUAGGAAAAUGUUUUGUCUGCAAAAAACAUGAAGGUAGAUCAUUUACAGCUCCAGAAGCAAGCUAGCUUACCCGAGUUCAGAGUAAGACAAUCGCUUCCAUUUUCGAAAGUAGGAGUCGAUUUCGCAGGGCCCCUGUAUAUAAAAGAGGGCAAAGAAAUAAAAAAGGUUUACAUUACCCUAUGGACUUGUUGCGUAACAAGAGCGGUUCAUUUAGAUCUAGUUCGAAGUCUAACUACAACUAAUUUUAUGAGGUGUUUGAAUCGAUUUAGCUCCCGAAGAGGUCGACCAAGUUUGAUUGUGUCAGACAACGCAAAAACGUUUAAGGCUGCAUCAAAGCUAGUGCGGAAUUUGCAUGAUGAUGAAUUAAGCGGUUAUUUGGCAAAUAAUUGUAUAAAAUGGCGUUUUAAUCUAGAGAAAUCUCCUUGGUGGGGAGGGUUUUUCGAAAGAAUGGUAGGAACGGUAAAACGAGCGUUAAGGAAAAUUUUGGGUAAGGCAAAACUAACCUAUGACAAACUUUUGACCAAUUUAAUUGAAAUCGAGGGUACUAUCAAUUCACGACCGUUAACCUACGAGUACGACGAGGUAGGGGUGGAAGUAUUGACGCCAUCUCACCUUAUCUUUGGCUACCGACUUCAAUCUAUGCCUGAUGAUGUGGGGAUGGUUGACGAUGAUGAGGCAGACGAGGUUGAAGGGCAUCGCAAGAGGUAUAGGUUUUUGGGAAGGUUAAGAGAGCAUUUCUGGACUCGUUGGAGGCGAGAGUAUUUGGCUGAUCUUAGAGAGUACCAUAAGGGUAAGAAGAAAACUAGUGAUGUAGUUGUGGAUUUGGGAGAUGUUGUAUUGGUGUUUGAUGAACGAGUGAAGCGUGGGUUUUGGAAGGUAGCUGUGGUCGAAAGGUUGAUUAAGGGUAAGGAUGGGGUUGUGAGAGGAGCAAUGGUUAAGAUGGUUGAGACGGAGCGAACGAAGUUUUUGAAUAGGCCAGUGCAGAGAUUGUAUCCGUUGGAGAUUCGAAGUGAUAAGUCUGAUGUUGAUGGUGAUGUUGAAACUCAGUCUUGCGAGAAUAGCGACAGGCCACACAGACCAGCUCGUAGAGCCGCUGCAUUAGACUCCAUCUGGAAAACCCAGGCCAUGCUUGAACCGUAAGGGUUCAAGGGGGGGAGUGUGUCAUAUAUUCCUAUAUAUUGUAUUAGUUAAUUUAGUUAUGUUAUUGUUAAAAGAUAUAUUUAGUUGAUUAAAGUAAGUAGGAAAUAAGUUAGAUUCCUCAGCCAUGGGCUAGGAUUAUCUCAUUGGAACAGUAUUUUGUUAAUGAUAAGUUGUGAACGUCACCGGACGUACGUGUCACUUGCAUGUAAAUUAAGAUAGUUAAAAUGAUUGUAAACUGAUUGUUUUAGUCAGUUGGCCAUUGCGGCACAGACUGAACGUUGUAACAAGGAUUGUUUUUAAAUAUAUAUGGAAAAGUUGUGAAAUGUGUGUUAGUUGAUUCUGUGAGAACCAGCAGAGGAGUGAACUCCUCAACAUAAAUGGCUUUAUUUCUUUCUGCUAACCAUCAGGAGAUUUGUAGUGUUCAAUCUAGAGGCAAGCGAUCUGCUUUCGUGAGUUUACAAAGCCCCGAACAAUACUCAAUAGCUUAAUUCCCUUGACCCGGAUGUUAAUUUUUAGUCUGUAGAUAUUAAACAUGGCAAACGCUGCCAGUGUUUCAGCCUGUACGAAUCUCUUUGACUGCCUAUAAUAUUGUACACACAUAAAACUCUCACAGUUUGUCAACAAGAUGUCUUCGCAACAGGCGUGUACCACUGAAUCACUGGCUGUUAUGUAUAGAAAAGACUGGAGAAAAUGGGCUACAAAUAUCAACGGUUAAUUCCUAGGUUUACUUUUACAAACAAAUAUAAAACAUAAAACUACAAAACAUGAGGUACAAUAUAAACAUUAUGGCGGGAAAAAGGCACCUGCGAUCUAUGUAUGCCAACUUACUGUACUAUAUGUAAGUAUCCAUGACACUGAUCUCAUACUGGCUUGUACUACCAUGCCGGUCAACAGGUAAUAACAAUGUUGUCAUUUUAUCAAUGCUAUGGGAUUUGUUCCAAGUUGCGCGUAUUGCGUGUGUAUUCCUACAUGCGAAUUAUUUAAGAAAUAGAAAAACUCGUCACAUGCGUAUAAUGUGAUAAUGCACGCGGGGAAUGUUGGGAGAAUACGAGGAAGCGUGUAAACACUAUACAAUAUCUCCAUUUGUCAUAUAUUAUUCAAAUAAAGCUAGCACUGUCCAAUCAGAGGCCUUUCCAAUAAUCUGUGGAAAAUCUACGUGGCCAGAACAAGGAAUCUUCAUCCAACUCACAGACGUUCUCUCGCGCGCUUCGUCGAGAGUAACGUCUGUUUACAGGCUAAAUUUCAUAAACCAACGUCUCUUUCGCAUGCCUUUAACUAAAACAUUCCGCACAUGCACAGGCCACGCACUGUCACACGACGACACUUUUAUGGUGCGCAUGACUGUCACACGACGACACUUUUACGGUUUUCUACAUUAUGGUUAGUGCUAACCACAAAAACCUUACAUCGUCCAAAUCAACAGCGAUAUCUGAAUGGAAAUAAUGGAACCAUUUAUAACAGUGAAAUUAUUCGCAGUAUUACAGGUUUAUGAUAAUCUGAACCCGUAAUGUAUUAAAAACCACAGGCUCUUCGUGUGCUUGUAUAUGAAAAAGUAAAACAUACUUUUGUACAACAUGUUUAGGGGCAAUAGCCAACAGCAUGCAUCCCAAUGACAUUAUUCAUUCCAUUCCGCAUAGCGUUCAUCGGCAGCACUUUCGGCCUUGCGAUAAUGUAACUUGUAGUAAGAUCUGCUUUCGUGAGUUUACAAAGCCCCGAACAAUACUCAAUAGCUUAAUUCCCUUGACCAGGAUGUUAAUUUUUAGUCUGUAGAUAUUAAACAUGGCAAACGCUGCCAGUGUUUCAGCCUGUACGAAUCUCUUUGACUGCCUAUAAUAUUGUACACACAUAAAACUCUCACAGUUUGUCAACAAGAUGUCUUCGCAACAGGCGUGUACCACUGAAUCACUGGCUGUUAUGUAUAGAAAAGACUGGAGAAAAUGGGCUACAAAUAUCAACGGUUAAUUCCUAGGUUUACUUUUACAAACAAAUAUAAAACAUAAAACUACAAAACAUGAGGUACAAUAUAAACAUUAUGGCGGGAAAAAGGCACCUGCGAUCUAUGUAUGCCAACUUACUGUACUAUAUGUAAGUAUCCAUGACACUGAUCUCAUACUGGCUUGUACUACCAUGCCGGUCAACAGGUAAUAACAAUGUUGUCAUUUUAUCAAUGCUAUGGGAUUUGUUCCAAGUUGCGCGUAUUGCGUGUGUAUUCCUACAUGCGAAUUAUUUAAGAAAUAGAAAAACUCGUCACAUGCGUAUGAUGUGAUAAUGCACGCGGGGAAUGUUGGGAGAAUACGAGGAAGCGUGUAAACACUAUACAAUAUCUUCAUUUGUCAUAUAUUAUUCAAAUAAAGCUAGCACUGUCCAAUCAGAGGCCUUUCCAAUAAUCUGUGGAAAAUCUACGUGGCCAAAACAAGGAAUCUCCAUCCAACUCACAGACGUUCUUUCGCGCGCUUCGUCGAGAGUAACGUCUGUUUACAGGCUAAAUUUCAUAAACCAACGUCUCUUUCGCAUGCCUUUAACUACAACAUUCCGCACAUGCACAGGCCACGCACUGUCACACGACGACACUUUUAUGGUGCGCAUGACUGUCACACGACGACACUUUUACGGUUUUCUACAUUAUGGUUAGUGCUAACCACAAAAACCUUACAUCGUCCAAAUCAACAGCGAUAACUGAAUGGAAAUAAUGGAACAUUUAUAACAGUGAAAUUAUUCGCAGGAUUACAGGUUUAUGAUAAUUUGAACCCGUAAUGUAUUAGAACCACAGGCAAGACGUGUGCUUGUAUAUGAAAAAGUAAAACAUACUUUUGUACAACAUGUUUAGGGGCAAUAGCCAACAGCAUGCAUCCCAAUGACAUUAUUCAUUCCAUUCCGCAUAGCGUUCAUCGGCAGCACUUUCGGCCUUGCGAUAAUGUAACUUGUAGUAAGAUUAUGAUAUAACCUGCUCAACAAUUACUAAUUGAUUAGGGAUAUCACAUGCCAUAUUAUAUAAGGACAAGCGAUCAUUUAUAAUUCUUCAAGUGGCAAUGUCCUGAUGUAUCUUGUCCUUUUUAUUACUUUACUCUGUUUAGACAAUUUUACUCAUCAAGGAAUGCAAUAAUGCAUGCGUCCAACCAGACCUAGCAGGGCAUUUUUUAAGAAAUUACAACUACUGGGGCUAAGUCUCAAUGAGGGCCUUUUCCCCACAGUUUGUAUGGGUACAUAAAAAUCACUCUGUGCUUAGGGGCAGCGCUGGCGCUAUUUGAAUAGGCGGGUGGGUGGGUGUAAGUGAAAUAUUGCCUACUAAUUUCAAACGCUAAUUAGUAUUUCUUUUCAUCCAACUGGGAUUAGAUAAUUUGCCUACUACCUGACGAUUGGGGGUGUUCCACACCCAUGACAACCCCCUUUUAGCGCCGCCCCUGCCUGUGCUAAGCAGAUGCAGCUUUUUCAACAAGCUUGAAAAUCAGGAUUCACUACUGGGGCAAAUCCUGAAAAUCAGGAUUCACUACUGGGGCAAGCAAAGGGUCUACUGGGGUAAAUGCCCCAGUUGUUAUAUAGUUAAAAAAUGCCGUGAGACCUGGUACGGGGGUACUCAUCAAGCCUUGGCCAUACUAUAACUUGGGUACAACCAAGCCUGACAAAGUGUCGUGCGGCCGAGUCGGUCGAAACGAUUUUUAAGUCCAUAAACGGCGUUACCAGUCCAUAGGACCUUGUGCUGCAUUUUUCGCAGUCGUUCCUGGUUAGGUCUUAAAAUGUAUAUAUUCUCACUUGGAUUCCAAACCCUAACAUUGUAAUAUUAAUUCCACCAAAUGAAGUCAUGAAGUCCACAUUUAGCAAUAGUAUCGCUACAUGUUUCUAAUAUAAACAUCGCUAAAUCUAAACAGCCAAUACACGAACUCACUGUUGCUGCUUCUAAAUAGUGAGAAGGUCAAACGCGAAACGAUUUUUGGUGCUUAUAAUAAUGCAUAUAGCAUCACCUUGGACCCUGGAUUCCAUUUUAUAUCACUAAGAGCGCUUUUCGAUUGCCUUUUUCAUUCGCAGAUUUUAGAUUCAAGCUUUAUUAUCGGUGAACGCUAACGUUCACAACCAGUGGUAUAGUAUCGAUUCAAGCGCAGAAUUUGAAAAUUUAUGUAUAACUAUUAUACAACAAAAUGACUUUAUACACGUGUUGUCAGUUGAGUUGCGAAAUUUAUGAGCCAAAGUCACUCAGACACGCGCAUCGUCUGCGCAUGAGCAGUUCUGCAAUAGUCAGAUAUUUCGCAAGUCAGAAAUUUCGCGUUACGUACACCGGACAAUUGACAUUUUGUGUCUGACAGAAAAUAUGAACGCAACAGAGCAAAUAUAGUUUUCCGUGGGCCUUGAAUAAAAGAAGCCAAUGAAAAGCUCAGUAACAAAUAUUUUGAAACAUAAUUAAAUUUUUAAUGCCAGUUGUAGAAAGUUUCACCAAUAGUUGUAUCCAUUUAAAUAUGCUACCGGACAAACUGUUGUGCCAGACAAUAACCUUUUCGCACCGGACAAUGUCCUUGACCGCCCGCUUAUUUUCAAGCUUGCGCGGGCAAGCAGCUGCAAGCACAUAAUCACUAGUCAGAGCAAGCUACAGGGGGUAAAGUUGGUAAGAUAAUGCAGGGCCUCAAAUUUGCACCAUCCUGAUAUACACAGGAUACUAAAAUUUUAUCGACUAUAGACUUAUAUCUUCCUGCACCCCCUCCCAUAAAUCAUAAAUCCAUCCCUGUUAAACUGACCUUGAUUCGUGUUCCCUUAGUGCCCCUGCUUUAACACAUUUCAUCUCAACUACAUAUAUUGAGUGUCAGCUCCCCAGUAAGGGGGGGGGGGGUGCAGCCACCCCAGCUGUUCAGCUAAACUCAAUCUUCCCUGCGAAAACGGGCCCAAGAGAAAAUCCUGGAAAAAAACCUGGUGUCAUGCAGGUUAUCACUUUGUUGAUGAUCACAUUGACCAAUUAAUCAUUUUAGAAAUGCUGCAUUGUUUCAAACGCUUGGUACGUGUAAAGCUUAAAGUUUGGUUUGGCAAGGCACUUAAAAUGUGAAUGGUUCAAAACGUGGAGCUGUUUUAUACUGGCAGUGUUCACCAACUUAAAUAGUUAUUAAAUUUAUUUUUAUUAAUAAUUUAAUAAAAAUUCAAUGGUUAGUCACGGGUCCAUGACUGUUUUUGUUGAUAGCACUCAGGGAAUGUUGCGAGAAUAUUUGAGAACCAGGUAAAAAACUCGGUAAAAAAGCUAUACGCCUCCCAACAUUCCCUGUGUGCAUUAUCACGCCAUAAACACACUUGAGUAGUAAUACCCCCCAUAUAGCAACGGAAGUAAUUAGUAUGCAAGCUCUGGCGGCGGAAGUAAUUAGUAUGCAAGCUCUGGCGGCGGAAGUAAUUAGUAUGCAAGAUAUGUGACGCAACUUUGCUGGUCCUAACCCUAACCCUGUGACAGGUAGCGCGACCAAUUAACGCGGGCAGGUCUGGGCCAACUGUGACAGGCAACAAAGCAUUACAGUAAUGAGAUCAAUUAGCGGCACAACACAGUAGCGCGACCAAACAAAUUAUCAGAGAUUAUAAAUAUCGUGUAUCAAACACACGUUUCAUUUCUCACUGUUGCAUUUUGGCGAGUGGUCUCUGGUUUUCUCUGGUUCUGAAGUGUUCUCUGCUUUUGGAUUGCGUUGGAUUGUUUUUUAAAAUGGCUCAUUCAGUAAGUUUGUGUAUUUGUUUUGAAUAUAUGUUUACGAUAGUUUCAGAGUCAUAGGCUGAAUAAAAUUUGUUUUUGAAUAUAUGUUUACAAUAGUUUUAGAUUAAUAUGUUUAUGAUAUUUCUAGAUUAAUAUGUUGGAUCUUAUCAAAGCUUGUGAGGCUGAAAGUGAACUCGACUUUCUUCAGGAGUCGUUUAUGCUCACUGAUGAGCAGAAGGAAGCUGUUCUUCAACAACGUAUAAUAUUUUGGACGAACGCGAUGGCCGAAGAUAUUGAACGGGAGAAUCCGGUUGGAGUUGACCCUAAUAUGAUGGCAAACUGGACCGAGGAUCAACGUCGCCUGUUCAACGAAGACUGGGCCAAUGAUGAUGGUUUAUGCGAACUCGAACAGUUGCCAGAAAAUCAAACGGGUGAAGGGAGCAAACGAAAGCACGUCAGUGGUGAUGCCCCCUCAAAACGCCAAAGACCAGAAGAGUAUUUCACUAUUAAAUCGGUGAAACAAGUUAACGUGAGGAAAUUCAGGACGACAGGUACACAAACUGUUUUUAUAUUUUUAAGCGUGUAUUUUUAAACGUAACAUCAGUUACGUGAGGGAUAUAGAUUGUUAUGUGUGAGUAAGGUUUCGUUUUUAUUAGGCUCCGCUUACACUAUACCGGAUUGCUAUCGCAGUGGGUCAUAUUUGGUAGCUAUCGAAAGGCAGUGAAGAUUUUUAAUCUCAGAGACUCAAAUAAACAUGUCAAUUCUGUCAAACUAAUAAGCAUUUGCUACUAACCAUUGCUCCGUAACGGCAAAAGACGUCGUCGUGACCAGCGAAUCCGGUAUAGUGUAAACAGAGGCUUAUAAGAGUUAUGUUUAUUGCUUGUGUGUACCACUGGCUGUACAAACCUAUCCAACGCAUAGGCUUUUUAUAAAUGGCCAUAACUCUCAAAUAAAGCUUUAGUAUUUACAGGGCUUAUGAUUUGAAUUGUAGCUAAAGUAUAGCACUAUCCGAUAAAUAGCCUUGUUUGUACAAACCACGACCUCCCGUUUUUUAGGUGGAUUAUUCUAUAUUACUGGGUAAUCUCUAUAAUGAUUAUUGUAUGUCCAAUGAGUGAUAGCUUUAAGGUUUGUUCGUUCGCUGCAAUCAGAUAUAUAAAUCAUGUUGUCCGUUAAUCUCUCACUCUGGACAUACGUUGCCAUGAAAAUAAGACGCAGGCCAUGCACGUGUUUACACGUCCACAAGCCUAGGCCUAGGCCACCACUUGUAUUGAACCCAGAUUUCCAGGCAUAGGUCAGGCCCCAAUGCCAGGACAAUGCCAAAGUCUGUUUACACUGUCAAAAUGUAAGCCAACGUUAAUGCAAGACACUAUACUCAUGAAAUGUUGGGUGUUUAACCAACCAUAGUCUUUCUGAUUGCUAUUACUUAGUACAAUAAUGUAUUACGGUUUUUAGGUACAGACUACACUGUCCAAUUCAAUCCGUUGGACGUGCACGGGGUGUCAAACGUCAUGUCGACGUUGAACCGCGCAUUUCAACACUUAUUUGACCGACUCACGAGUGACAUGGCACCUCACGAUCAAGUUCGCUUGAUCCUCAACUCGAAUCAGCUGGACAAAUCCAUUUCCUUGCCUUUCCUACAACGGGAUCGUCUAACCCCAGAACGUUUCCUGGCGGCUGUUGAACGUGUUGUACAGUCCAAUAACCAGUUUACUUUGGAUGACUCUGUCAGCGUCAACGUGGUCCAUGUCGAAAUGCCUCAGGGUGGUACUGGGCGUAAACGUGAUGUUGUGAACUUGGAAAGCUAUUUGACGAAAAAACGAGGCAUAGUUCAAAUCAAAAACAAAGAUGAUCUCUGUUGUGCCCGCGCGAUCGUGGUGGCCAAAGCGAAAUUGGAUAACGACCCCCAAUACAGAAGUAUUGUUAACCAUCAAAGGGCCAUGCAAACUCGCUUAGCUCGAGAACUCCACGAGUCUGCAUGUGUUCCUCAUGGUUCCUGUGGUAUCCCAGAAAUCAAGAAGUUCCAAGCUGCUCUUCCUGGUUAUCAGCUCAACGUGGUCUCUAAAGAACAUUUAAACGCCAUGAUUUAUUCCGGUCCUGAAUCAGACAAAUGUUUAUACCUGUACCACCACGAUAACCAUUACGAUGUCAUCACCAGUAUGCCUGCCUUCCUCGCCCGUACACAGUAUUGUCAUAAAUGUAAGAAGGGAUACGACAAGAUUACUGACCAUCCAUGUGGCGAUCUGUACAAGCUGUGUAAUACCCAGAACUGUCCCAUCGUUGAAUGGAAAUUUUGCAAAUACUGUAACCGGUUCUUUAAAAGUGACGAAUGCUUCAACCGCCAUAAAGAUGACGCUGGUCCUGCCAAAUCCAUGUGCUGUGCUUUAAUUAAAUGCAAGAAAUGCAAACGUGUGGUUACUCGUGCCAGUCUUCGCGAUCAUCAUUGUGGCAAAGUCAGAUGUUCCACCUGUCAAAAAUACGUCAAGCCUGAAAACCAUCAAUGCUAUCUUCAACCUGUGAAGGCGAAGAAGACACGAUCCCCUGAAGAACGAAACGACUUGCUCGAUGAUGAUGUGGCCGUGGAAAACGACGUAGAAGACACCAAAAACUUAAUGUUCUUUGACUUCGAAUGCACGCAAGACGAUGGUAAACACGUUCCCAAUCUCUGCGUAGUCCAGAACGAAAGCGGUGACGAGAAAGUCUUUUCUGGGCCAAACACGAAAGACGAGUUUUGCGAGUGGAUGUUUCAGCAGGAAAACACGAAUACGACGUUUGUCGCGCAUAAUUUCCAGGCUUACGACGGGUACUUCAUUCUACAAUACCUUUACAAGAAUGGUGUCACUCCAGAAAUCAUUACCCGUGGCGCAAAAAUCCUUUCCCUCACUGUCCCCGAAAUGAACAUCAAGUUUAUUGAUUCUCUCUGUUUCAUCCCAAUGAAACUCGCCGCCUUCCCGAAAACGUUUGGUCUCACAGAGCUUCAGAAAGGUUACUUCCCUCAUUUCUUUAACCGUGCUGAGAACCAGGAAUACGUUGGACCUCUUCCAGACUCGAAGUUCUACGAUCCUGAUGGCAUGAGCAGCGAUGACCGCGAAAAGUUUUAUUCAUGGUACAACGAGCAAGUCCGGCGUCAGUACGAGUUCGACUUUCAAGCCGAAAUUCUUCGAUAUUGUCAAUCCGAUGUGGACAUUUUGCGUCGUUGUUGUCUCGAGUUCCGCGAACUUUUCAGCCAAAUCACAGAUGUUGACCCUUUUGCCUCUUGUCUCACCAUUGCCUCUGCUUGUAAUCUCGUCUUCCGUAAAACGUUCCUCCAGGAGAACACCAUCGCCGUCAUUCCUCCUUGCGGGUACAAGCCUGAAAACAAACAGUCCGUCAUCGCCUUGAAGAUGCUGGCCUGGGUUGCUCAACGUGAUAACAUCGUCAUUCGCCACGCCCGGAACCACGGAGAGCAGCGCAUUGGCAAGUAUCUUGUCGAUGGUUUCAACGUUGAAACAAACACUGUUUGGGAAAUUCAAGGAUGCUUGUGGCAUGGAUGCGAAAGAUGUUAUGCUAGAGAUACCGUGAAUCCGAUCAAUCAUAUGACCAUGCAAGAUCUUAAGCAGCGAACCAUCGAGAAAAUCCAGUUCCUAAAGGAUAACGGACACAAUGUCGUAGAGAUUUGGACGUGUGAUAUUGAGCGUCAACUUGCCUCUGAACCCGAGAUGAAGGACUUCUUCGACAAUUUCGAGAUUUCUGAACCUCUUGAACCUCGUGAUGCAUUCUUUGGUGGAAGGACUUACGCAACACGCCUAUACUACGACGUCCAGCCAGAAGAGAAGAUCCGUUAUGUGGAUUUCUGCAGCCUCUACCCAUGGUAUGUAUCUUGUUGAAGUCUUUUAACUCAGACGUGCUUGUCGUUAACCUUCUUAAGCAAUUUUUAGGUGUAACAAAUACGGCGAGUACCCGAUUGGCCAUCCCAAGAUUAUUACUGAGAACUUUCAACCUAUCAGUGACUACUUUGGUUUGGUGAAAUGUUCUGUGCUUCCUCCUCGUGCCCUAUACCACCCCGUCCUCCCUUACCGUACUCAGGGUAAAUUGAUGUUCCCGUUGUGUCGUGCCUGUGCCGACAACCUUCAACAAGAGCCAUGCCAUCACAGCGACGCCGAGCGAACCCUUCAUGGGACGUGGGUGACUUUGGAGCUCGAGAAAGCACUAGAGAAAGGCUACAAACUGGUGAGAGUCGACGAAGUUUGGCACUUCCCCGAGCACACAGAUGGGCUGUUCAAGGACUAUAUUGAUACGUUCCUCAAAAUCAAGCAAGAGGUAAGGCUUCAUCAUAUGUGUGAUAUUGUCACAUCAUUAGUUUCUUAUUAUUCCUUUCUCUUUUGCAGGCGAGUGGCUUUCCGCCGGAAUGCGACACCGACGAAAAGAAAGGGGCAGUACAUCGCUGACUACGCCGCCAAAGAAGGUAUUCAGUUGGAUCCAAGACAGAUUGUGAAGAAUCCUGGUCUGAGGGCGUUGGCGAAGCUCAUGUUGAACUCUUUUUGGGGUAAGUGCAAUGGCAAAUUGUCCACUAACGGUACUUGGGAAAAAACAAGUGUUUGUUAAAAAUCUAUCAUUUCUUGUGUAGGAAAGUUUGCGCAACGACUCAAAUUGACCAAGGUCAAAAUUAUAUCGGACCCAGCUGAAUAUUUUGACCUCCUCUCCAGCAACCAGAUUAACGUCACCGACGCGAACUUCAUUAACGACGAGCUCAUCGAAGUCCAUUUUGAAAACGUUGACGAAUUCGUGGAAGCCGAUGGAAAGACAAAUGUGGUCAUCGCAGCGUUCACCACAGCCCACGCCCGCCUCAAGCUCUAUGGUGUCCUGGAGCAGUUAAAUCGCCGAGUCUUAUAUUUUGACACAGAUUCAGUUAUCUACGUUUCAGAGGAAGACGAAUGGGAGCCGCCGACGGGAUCUUAUCUUGGUCAACUAACGGAUGAGUUGGAUGGAGGUUACAUUACAACCUUUGUGUCUGGAGGUCCUAAAAACUAUGCCUACCAGACAAGCACAGACAAAACAGUAUGCAAAGUUAGAGGGAUCACUUUAAACUACAGAACUGCUCAAAAGGUUAAUUUUAAUUUAAUGUGUGACAUGGUUUGUUUAGAAGCGUUGUCUGAUCUCACAGACAGCAUAACUGUAAAUAUACCCUACAAAAUAAAUAGAGACACUAAAGAGAAAAGUGUAAAGACGAGGAGUGAGAACAAGGACUAUCGUAUUGUAUAUAAUAAACGUGUGAUUGUAAAUAAUUUUGAUACAUUACCUUAUGGUUUUUAA